AUGUCGACCAUGUCUCUUGACGAAGAAGCCCUCGAGGCAGUUGCCAAUGGUCGCUCGAUUGACUUAGAGAAAUGGGCUGGCAUAGUGGCGCCGCUUCUGGAAAGGCUCGAAUACAUCGUAUACAAUGUAUUCCCCAUGCCCAGGGUGCCGUCGGGCUCCCUCAACUCACAGCCUUUUUCGCGACCAUCGACCCAAAUAACCGAUGUUAAUUUUGUUCCACCAGAGAGCAGUAAUAAGGAGAACGCAGUUCCGGGAGACUCGCAGACCCCGCCUCGCGUCGAGGCACCCUCCUCACCCUCGACUGAGCGCGUAUCGGACUCGCAACCCCAGUCAUCUGCGCAGCAGGAAGACAACUCGUUACCACCUCCACUCGCAUUUCUUCUGACUUCCAUCCGCUCUUCGAUUCAAUCUUUCUUUGUGGAAAAACCACCACAUACGAUCCAGAGACUCGCGGAACUCAUUCUUCGGCCGACCGCUCAUUACAAAACACUACCCGCUUAUCUUCGCGCGGUCGACCGGGUUGUUUCUGUGACUAGCGGCGCCGAUAUCUUCCCAUUUAACACCCCUGCCAAUAGCGACCAGUCAAAUGGUCUCCUGCAUCCUUCAAACAGCGCUGGGACAUAUCUCACUGCCGAUUAUACCCUUGGCUUAGGUAGUGACGAGUCACUGGGUGGAGCUCUCUUGACCCCCAUUCCGUGGUUGAAUAACGCGACAUUUGAAGGUGGGGAUCUUACCGCCUUGGGAACAGAGGGUGGCCAGACCCAGGAAGCUGACCUAGCACCUACAACUGAGGGCGAAGAUGCAGUUAUAUCUGGCUCCGCACCUGCGGAAUCAGAUGAAGUUCCUCAUGCUCGUGGCCCAUCAGUCGUCGGCGUAGAGGAUAUGGGUCUCCAGGAUGGAAAGGGCGUUGAAAUGAACCUGGAACCUGAACAUGCGGUGACUGGUGGUGCUGAGGAAGCCAGAGCGGACCUUGGAUCUGGCUCAGCUGACAACGACGGUGAUAUUGUUCUUGGCGACACCAACAUCAAGGAGGAAUCCAAGACAGAAGAGACACAGGCAGAGAAGCCCGAGCCAGCAGGCGAUGCCGCACAGUCCUCUGAGGCUAAGGAGUGA